AUGCAGCUGAAAAUAGUAGUCCCUGGUCAAUACAUAACGCCCACGUACAAUCUCGUACAAGACAAGAAACAGUCACAACAGAGCGAACUGGUCAAGUAUCUUGCUGGAACUGGUACCGUGGUCAAUCCAAUUGAAGUCGAUGGAAGAGUUUUACCAGUAAUAUGUGCAACUAUUGUAGGGAAGACACAAUUUAUCAAGGCCAAUAAAGAUGAACAGCAAGAUGGGGAAGAAAAUCAGGCAAGUGACAAAGAAAGAAGUGGGUCGGAAUUGACGUAUCUUGUCAAUGUUGUACCUACCAGCACCAACGAAAAUAGCGAAGGCAGUCUAUCUAAUCCUACAUCAUCAGUCUCAAAUACCACUUCUAUAAACCUUCCUCAGGAGAACGACAUCGUCUUGGUGCGGAUCACGCGAAUUUCUCAAAAACAAGCAAAUUGCGAAAUCAUUGCCCUUGAGUCGAGGUCGAAACCAGAUGGAACGCAAUUGGGUCAAAAUACAGAAUCAAGUGGGAGUGGGAAUGCGAAUGCGAAUGCGAAUGGCGGCAACAUCCUAGCUGACUCUGGCGCAGGAUCCAACGGAGCUACAGCGCAAGCAUCACUCCCCCACGGAGGCGGAUCGCAACACAAUCACAACUUACAAACCGUCGCGUCGUCAGCCUCAACUACGCACCAGGCAACCAUUUAUGACUUGGGUGAGAACUACCGUGGUAUCAUUCGAGCUUCCGAUAUCAGAUCGACUGAGCGAGACAAAUGUGUAGUGGGCCAAUGCUUUAAGCCCGGUGAUGUUGUUCGGUGUAUGAUUAUUAGCUUGGGUGAUGGUCAAAAUUAUUAUUGUUCAACUGCGAGAAAUGAUUUGGGAGUUGUGUUGGCUAAGCUGGUAGGUGGCGCUGGUGGGCUUAUGUAUCCUGUUGAUUGGCAGAAUAUGAUUGAUUUGGAUACUGGGGUUGUUGAGAAAAGAAAGAAUGCCAAUCCUUUUAUUGUUUGA